GGCCCUGGGAGGGUGCCAAAAACUUUAUACUGUGUGGCAGGGCCUCCUUCAGCUUUCCACAUCACAAAAAAGUAUAGAGGAAGAGGAAAUAUUAGAAGCAGUAACAGCAGCUAUGAGGGCCGUGAUACAGAAACUAGCUGAGGCAGAUCCUUCCAAGUUUCAGGCAGUACAGCCGGUAGAUCUGCAGUUUAUGUAUGAAAUGUCUACCAAGUGCCAGUGGCCAGAGGUCAGGGUCAAUGCUAUACGUAUUGUAUCAACCAUAGGGGGUAUAUUGGCUCAGAAUCCAAACCCACAUCCAUUGCUCAAGGAUAUAGGAGUAUUACUCUUAGAGGUUGUAUGUAAGGACUCUGAUUUAUGGGUAGUGGCUGAAUCUCUGGACUCUAUGUUUGAUGUGUUCGGAGAGGAUCAUGUUGACCCGGUGCUGAAAGAGAUAGGACUCGUUGAAAAACUUAAGACUGUAGCACCUGCACUGAAAUCAAAGGUACAACAGAACAGGAAAUCACUUGGAGAACAUUACCCCGUCAUCUCAACUGCUCGUACAAAUCUUGUGCGUUUUAUAAAAUACAAGGCAUCACAUAUAAAAUGACAUAUGCCUCAUUGUAGUUGGUGCUUAAACAUAAAUUAAUGUAACAGUCAGGAAAGUUUUGGUUGUAACCUGUGUAUGGUGUCAUUUUCUUUAUGUGCAUACAACUUGAGCAUUGAAGUAUGUGAAAAGUUAUGGGCUCAAAAAUUGAUGUAUGGUGUAAAACAUUUCAUCGUGUAUGGUCAAUAGAUAUGUAUGGUGUAAAACAUUUCAUCGUGUAUGGUCAAUAGAUAUGUAUGGUGUAAAACAUUUCAUCGUGUAUGGUCAAUAGAUAUGUACAUGUAUGGUGUAAAACAUUUCAUCGUGUAUGGUCAAUAGAUAUGUAUGGUGUAAAACAUUUCAUCGUGUAUGGUCAGUAGAUAUGUACAUGUAUGGUGUAAAACAUUUCAUCGUGUAUGGUCAAUAGAUAUGUACAUGUAUGGUGUAAAACAUUUCAUCGUGUAUGGUCAAUAGAUAUGCCUCCAUUUGCCUUGAAUUUCAUUUUGAUAAAAGAAGGGCUAAACCUCCCUAGAACAGUUUAUUUCUAUUUGUAACUUUGGAUAUAUAGAAUCUUUUAUAUUGUACAUGACAUUGUGUAGGCUUACAGUAAUCAUAGCUAGAAAUUAUGUGGUUAGCAUUAAAGUCCGAUAAAUUAUGUUUGGUCUUCCAUUUUUGAAAAGUUCUGAUUUAAUGAAAAUUGUUUUUACCCCUUAUAUUUAAGGGACUUUAAGAAAACAUUUCAUACACAUAAUUGUUUAUACAACUGGUAUAAGUUAGGAAUAUUUCAUGUUGGCAUAUGUUUAAGACUUUCUUUUUUAAGGGCAUUUUAACAAUUGUAUUUUAUGUGAACAUAUUUGUAUUUAAACAAAUAUUUUACUACCAUGAGGAAGCAUUUGAUAAGUAUUUGAGACUGCUUCUUACUUUUUUGAUUUUUUCAAUUAUUGCUAACUGGGUUGCAUUUGUUUGUGUGCUGUUUUUUAAGACUCUUGCUGACUGGAGACAUAAUAUGAGCAGUACUGUUAUGAAAGUUAUUUUAAUUAAAAAGUGUAAAUGCUUUAAAAAGUUCAAAAGCCAGUAUUGUUGAUUUAUGAAAUAGUUGAAAGUUAAUGAUAUUUUUAUCUAUAAUUAAAGAUACUAGUGAAUUAUAUUGAAAAUUUAAUUGUUGAAUGAAUACAAACCAAUUUGCACAGAACUUUGACAAUUUUCUUUGCCAGAUAUUGAAAAUAAAAAUGUGCAAUACAAGCA